CCAUAAUGUACCGACUGUCUGGUAUGCAAAUGCAGAGCCGAUAAUGCCGAGAUCCGAGUCAGGAUUAUCUUAUCAGACCACAUCGACCCAUCGCUCUCUUUUGCUUUCCCCAUCUUAUUAAAACUCGUCGCUCUCUUUCCUUGCUCUUUCCCUCAAAUUUGUCUCUUCAAUGACUUCACCGGUUUUAACUGCCUCUACAUCUACGACCUUGUAUGCUGUCCCCUCUAAGGAAUGGGUCAUACAACCGAAACCAAAGCCAGGUCGGAAGCCCAAGAAGGACGCAAGCGCGACCCCCGUCGAGGACCCGGACGGUAAGGGUCGCCGAGUUCAGAACAGGGCUGCUCAACGAGCCUUUCGCGAACGGAAGCAGUCACAGCUUGCAGAACUACAGGCCCGAGUUCAAUCAUAUGAACAAGGUGAAAUCGAGCGCAACGUCGCUCUCCAAAACAUUGCCAAACGUUUAAAGGAGGAGAAUGAGUCUCUUCGUCGGGAGAACACCAUGCUCAAGGAAACCAUCGACAAAAUGGAGAAGGAGUACCAUAACGGAUUUAAUACCGACAAAAAAUGGUUGAAAGAUGAUUCUCCUACCGCAUGUUCAUCGCGGUUUACAGCGAGGAAACGCCCUAGGAUCGACGAUGACUCGCAGGACACGAUCACGCUCUCCCACAUUACACCGUCGUUCUCCUCGGCGUCGCCCGUAUCCAUGGCCUCUUCUCUAGAAUCUUCGCACUCACCCUUCUCUCCAAUCCCGUUAGACUCUCCUCGAGGUAACCCACCCCUCCACAAUCUCAUCAACCUGUCUCUUCCUGAGAAAGGAGACAGUUUUGUCAGUUCCGUGCUUCCUGCUUUCAGUGGCUGUGGGCUCUGUAGCGAUGGAACAUCCUGUGUUUGCCGCGAGGCCCUACAAAAUCCCAUAGCAGUGGCACCUCCACCUCCUACCCUGAAAAUCGAGGCGUUUGAGCCGGCGCAGCCUCCCACUAUCAUCAGGAUCGGGUCUCCAAUGGCCUCUACAAUCCUAGAUAACCUUCCAGAAGUCAAACCAGCUGUACCUCUUCGCCGCCGACACAAUGGAGCUACGUCGAAUCCUAUUUUUACUGUAGUUUCUCUUUCAUCUGGGGAAAAGCCCACUUGCUCUGGCGACCCCGACAAUUGUCUCGCCUGUGCCGACGAUUCAUUUGGGAAAGCAUUCUGUGCAGCUCUCGGCGAAUCGAUUGCAGCACAGUCAUCUAUGUCUUCGUCUUCUUGUGGUAAUUGCCCAUGCGGACCACGCAAUUUCGGAGUGAACCCUGCAGUCGUCAGCCUUUCAAGUUCUCCCGAUUCACUUUCUCCCGCCCCCACGCCUCCUCCACCCUGCAACGAGGACAUGGAAACGAUACCAACAGACGAUGCAUGGAGACAAUUGAAGGCACACCCAAAUGUCGCCUUCGCAGACCUCGCGCUUCUGGCUGAUGUGGUUGCAAGGCGUUCGAAGUGUACAGGUCCUCGAGUCGUGAUAUCUCCAGCUCCUGGCACUGUCACACCUGAACGUGUGUCUUCUCCAGCUGGUGGCGACGCGCAACCUAUUCUUUUAACGGACCCUCAUGCACACUAUCGCGAGCAGGAGCGGGCCCGAAGUACUUCAUCUCCUCCUCCACAACUUGUACCCCAGGAGAUAUUGUUGAAGUGUGGCCAAGAGAGGGUCCGAGAAGUCCAAGCCGCUGGUGUUCGCGAUGCACUCCGACUGCUCGACGCGAAGUUCUCGUGAAGCAUUUUUGCAUGAUUGUCCAAAACUUAUUCGUAAACUAUUGAUUAUCUCUAGCGCAUUACUCAAACUGGUUCAUUUUAUCAGCAAUCUUAUUUGUACAUCCAUCUUGUUCCACAAUAUAACGUUCCCAUGCCUUCAGAAGUCGAGCGAUUUGCUGGUGCAUUGCAAUCCGUUCAGCUCUCGAAAGUGGAUGAAGUGAUCUGCGGUCAUGACCCUGUAUUGAGCGAAAAGCUG